AUGUCAUAUAGUGCGAAGAAGCCGAAAUUUUCUCUCCGCGCCCCUACCCAAUGAAGCGGGGAAAUGAUUUCUCUAUGAGCUCCAUCCGCCGAUUCCGCCCCGCGUUCUACGUCUAUGCGGCUGCGUUUCUGAGCGCCGCAGCUCUUGUUUUCGCCAUUAAAGAUGGUAAGCUCAACAAUCUUAGCCUCUCAUCAUGGACAGUUCAAGCAAGUUCUUCGGAGAGGCUGCGCCUAGUUCCUGGAUUGCAAAAUCUUGGGAACAAUUGCUUUUUUAAUGUGAUUUUACAGGCUUUAGCUAGCUGUGUGUUUUUUCAACCUUUUCUUCAAAAGCUUGUGGAGGAUUUUGAAGUUCACGAGGGAAUGAGUGAAACCUUACCACUUACGGUUUCUUUGGCUGCAAUAUUAGAAGAGCUAAGUUCAAUUUAUUUGGAAAGAGUUGUGUUGAGCCCACGGAAAGUAAUGCUUGCGAUGGCUUAUUAUACUCCAAAUUUCAGUCUAACAAGCCAGCAGGAUGCAGCAGAAGCAUUCCUUCAUCUUCUGUCUUCAUUAAAAGAAGAGAUUUCAGAUUAUAAUCAUCUACAUCAGUGUUCUUUAGUCGAUGUAUUUGCAUCUAAUGGUAGGAUUAUUACUUCUAGAAGUAAGGGCGACAAUGAACUUGAAAGAUGGCAGUCUCACUUCCUUGGGCCGUUUGACGGUGUUCUUGGUAGCAUCUUAACUUGUCAAAGUUGUACUUCUCAGAUCUCCCUGAGUUUUGAAUCCUGCCACAAUCUGCCUCUUUCACCAGUGCUUAAGGGUGAUUCUACUAUUGUUGCUGGCUGUAGGUUGGUGGAUUGCUUAAAGCAGUUCUUUGCUACUGAAAAGGUUGAGAAUUAUCGUUGCAGCUAUUGUUGGCAUAAUGCUGCUGUGAAAUAUCUGUCCGCAGUGGGAGCAUCUGAAAUGGAGAUUGAAGAACUUAUGAAAUGCGAUGGGCAAGAUUCUUGUGGCUGCCACAGACUUCUUCAUUUACAUAAAGUUCCAUGGUCAAAUAAGUUUUCAUGCACUCUAAAACAACUCAGUAUUGCUCACUGCCCAAAGAUUCUAUGCAUCCAUAUGAAACGUGUUUCAAUGAACGUGUUUGGUGACUUGCUCAAACUUCAGGGCCAUAUCUCAUUCCCCCUGAGUUUGGACGUGUCUCCGUUCAUGCUGACGGGAGUCGAAAUAAAAGAUUUAGAAGGACAACUUGGAGGACAACAUUCAUCGAAUAAAAAACCGAGCCAUGGUCUWGAUUUCUUCAGAAUGCAGUUCGAUCCUAGAAUGCUAAAGUACAUAAAUGGGAUAACAGGCGAGGACAGCUACCGCACGAAUCUAACCUUAGGCGAAUCCAUUUGCUCGGAACAAGUAGGAAUUUCUACUGAAGAAACCAGUACUUCUCAAACUGGAGGCGGCUUGGAAACCUUGCUUAACAUGAACUUGCAACCCAGUUCCCCGGAGAGUAGGACGUGCCAAAUAGCACCUUCAGAAACUUGUUUGUACCGACUCGUUUCAGUCGUCGAGCACUUUGGUAGACCCGGGGGCGGGCAUUACACUGUUUACAGAAGGGUUCAAGGUCACCCGCUCGGGCAAGAUCUCAACGGGCAUUUGCAGGCUGUCUCUACAGAGUGGUUUCGUGUAUCAGAUUCUGAAGUCCACAUUGUUUCUGAAGAAGAAGUUCUUGCGGCUGAGGCUACCUUGGUUUUCUAUGAAAAAAUCUAGAAUCCCGAGUGCAAAAAGGGUUUGAUGUAGUUGCAAUAAGGUUGUUUUUUUUCGUCGAGAUUGGGGGAAGCGCAUCUGUUUCAGGUACAGAGGCGACAAGGGGUGCUAACCUGG